AUGUCUGUACUUGUAAGUACAAGUCUUGGAGAUAUUGUUAUUGAUCUAUAUAUAAAGGAAUGUCCAAAGGCUAGUGAAAAUUUCUUAAAAUUAUGUAAGAUAAAAUAUUACAACAAUAGUUUAAUACACAGUGUUGAAAAAAACUUCCUAAUACGUACAGGAAUAUCAGAGGAAUAUGGAAAUACAUCAAUUUUUGGGAUUCUAAAAGUUCUGGAUUUUUUAAAUUUUGAGACAUGUAAAGAUGAUGAUAGUAAAGUAGCUUCAGUUGAUGCCGAAACUACAGGUUACAAAGAAGAUUUUACCGAGAAUCAUUUUAUACCAAAAAAAGAACAAAGCCCUGAACUUUAUAAUAGAAUACUAAAUUAUUCAAAUCGUAAUAUUAAAUCAUCUAGGAAUAAUAUACUUGACUGUAUAAGUCCUCGUUUUAAAUUUUUCAAAGAUGAGAUUUGUCCAAAACUGAGACAUAAUAAAGUUGGACUAAUAGGAAUGGCCAAUAAUAAACCAAAUGAAAAUGGCUCUGAAUUUUACAUUACAUUAUCUGAAAAUUUGGAUUAUUUGGAUGAAAAACAUACAAUUUUUGGUAUGAUUGAAGAAGGUUUAGAUGUCGUCCAAAAAAUAAAUGAAACAUUAACAGAUAACGAUAAUUCUCCUCUUAAAAAAUUAUAUAUUCUACAUACUAGUAUAUUGGAUGAUCCCUUUCCAGAUCCUUAUAAUUUACAUCACUUUAUUCCAUCUGAAUCACCUCCUGAAAUAACUCACAUCUAUGAUAACGAACCUAGAGAUAAUCUAGAAGAACACGAUGAAUUGAGACUUAUUAAUACUAUUAAUGAGAGACAAGCAAGAUCAAGAGCUAUUACAUUAGAAAUACUUGGAGAUAUACCAGAUGCUGACAUUAAACCCCCAGAAAAUGUUUUGUUUAUAUGUAAAUUAAAUCCUACAACAACUGAGGAAGAUUUAGAGCUUAUAUUUUCUAGAUUUGGUCGUAUUUUAUCUUGCAAUAUUGUUUAUGAUUGGAAAACAGGUGAAUCCUUACAAUAUGCCUUUAUAGAAUUUGAAAGAAAACAGGAUUGUGAGUUAGCACUCACAAAAAUGCAAGGUGUUAUAAUUGAUGAUAGAAGAAUCCAUGUAGACUUCUGUCAAUCUGUUUCGAAGCAGUGGUAUGAGUAUAGAGGACGUAAGAAGAGAGGAAGACUUAAUGAACUCAAGAAUAAGAAUACAUAUAGAUCAACACAUAAAAAAACUUUAAUUAACAUAAAAUGA